GAUGAUGACAAUUCUUGGUUCUAUGAGCUUUUAAAAUUUAACCUUUCCCUUCCAGUCCAUACAAUACAAGGAACGAUGCUGCCUCAAGUGUGAUCAUUAUGAGAACCAAAGAAGUUGCCUAAUCCACCUCUUUACCCUUGCCUGGCCCUUGUACUUUUAGCAUGUUCUUUCCUGUUUCUCUGAAGAGGAUUUGCAGUCACUUGGGAAUCCCUUCUGGUCCUGCUUUGCAAACAUUCCUGGAACUCGCAUUCUCCCAAGAGCCUGGAUGUGUGAAUAGGAAUGAGCCGUGGCACCUGUCUCAGAAGAGCUCAUGCAGAAAGAGACAAUUAGAAAUGAGCACCGGCACCGCAGUGCAGCUGGGAGAAUCAGUGAAUCUGAGUAAACACGGACUUGAGUCUGUCUCACCGCCCCUCCAUGCUCCUCCUCUCCUGCUCCCACCGCUGGCUCCGUAUUUACAGGAGCAAAGGAACCCACUGCACCGGCUGCUGAAGUCAUACGAAGAAAGCGGUGGGAGGACAAGCAAGCCCUCGGGCAGUGCCCUCCCUGUGCCUCCCUCCGUUCUGAAAGUUAACUCGUGUUGGAAUCUUGUCACUUGCUCAGGUCGGAUCCUGGAGCUGGAAUGCGCCCUAAAUCACAGGCUCAAGAGAGCGCUAACCCUCAGCUUCACUCUGCAGCUUCCUCGCCCGGGGGCAGGAUUCAGGCUCCUGGUCACAGUCUCGGAGUCACCUUGCAACCAGAUAGACCCAUGUGGCGCUGUGAACCUGCCCACUCCAGGGGGACUUGUCAGGCAGGAAGGGCUGCCUUUGUCAGCUGGCUGCCCCUGAUGUCCAUCCGGAAGUCAUGCACUGAAUUUCCCAGGACAAAAUACCUGGCAUCUGCAACUUAAAAAACAAGAUGUUUGUUCUGGCUCAUGGUUUCAGAGGUUUCAGUCCAUGGUCAGGUGACUCCAAGGCAGAAACAGUACAAGGAAAAGCAUGGAGGACAGUGGCUUGACUCACAGCACCCUGCAAGCAGUGAACAGGGAAAGAGCCUAAAAAGAAGUGAUCGCAACCAAAUAUAGUCCCCAAGGUGACGUCUCCAUGCGUCCACUUCCUAUAACUCAUUGACGAGGUUAAGCCAUUGAUGAGGUGAGUGUCCACAUCAUCCAGUCACCUCAUCUGAAGUUCCUACCUCAUUCAAAUUGACUAUCACAGUAUGCUGUACAUGGGGUUUCCCACACUAGGUCCAGUGCCUGCAGGGACUCCUCCCCAGGAGAACCAGCCGGAGGCUCUUUCUCGUGAUCAUGGGGCAUUUCCAGCCAUGUUAGCCUGAGGAAGAACCCAAGAAUUCAAUCACAGUAAAGGAGUAAAAUAUUUAAUGUUAUUUUAAGCAUUGAUUAUUUUAACAAAUUUCUUUUUCAGAAUUAGAAUAAAAUGCUUUUGAGUAAAAUUUGAAUGUCACUGGCUAGGUAACUUAUAAAGGAUGCAUCAUCCUUGUCCUGCUCACAGUUCUGGAGACCAGGCAUUUCAACAUGGGGAGCACAUCUAAUAAGGGUCUCCUGGCUGAUGGGGGCUCUACACUGUGCUGAGGCAUCACAGGGCAUCGCAUGGUGAGAGGGGCCCCUACAAAGACAGGGUCUAAAUGGCCUUUAUAACAGACCUGUUCUCCUAAUAACCCAUUAACUUAUUAGCACAUUGACUCAUUAAUCUAUUAACCCAUCAGUAGAUUAAUCUAUUCACAGAGGCAGACCUAAUCACUUCUAAAGGUCCUACCUGGUCCCACCUCAUAAUACCUCACAGUAGGGAUUAAGUUUUGGUGGAGACAUUUACACCUAAGCAGGUAUAGUUGCAACCACCACAGACUUCAAACGGGUGGCCAUCCACACUGGAAUAAAAUCACAUAACUAUGCAAAGUGCACCCUUCCUCCAAUCAGCAUCUUUAUUCAUGUAUUCACUCCUUCUUCUUC